AGGAGCAACGUUUCGGUGUAGGAUCCAACACCGUUAUACCAAGGAAGUGAUGUACUGAGUAUGGUUGACAAGUCAAUAUGGAUGCUGACAGUCAAGAUGUUCAGUAUGAUGCUGAAGCAUUUACUGAUUCUCAAGGUCAAGACAGUAAUCACAUAAUGCCAACUGACAGAGGACAAAUGGUCAGUGAACAUCCUCAGACUCAACCUCAAGGACCCUUUAUCAUUCCAUCAGCAGUAAGCCAGCAACCUGGACAGAGUAUGCCAUACAACAUGGAAAACACACCCUUUAAUGCACCCCAAUCUCCCAGCCUCCCAUCUAAAUUUGAACACUUUGAUGCAGCUCUGGUGUUUGCUGAAGGCGAUUGUGAACUUGCUAUGGGAAUUCAGAAAAAAAUGAACAGUUGUAAACUAGAAAAAAACAUGUUUCCUAAAGUGUGCUUGUACGAUAAUCCCAGUUUUCCUGCUUCAAAAAUGUUCAAAGGUGAGAAAGUGGUGAAAAGGUGCACUUUGAUAUUUGUUGUUCUGACUGAGAACACACAUGAUGACAUGGAUGUUCAAGCUCUGAGAGAGGAGGCAUUUGGACUUACGAGACUAGCACCCAAGGAUGAAUUAGACUUGGAAAAGAGGUACUGCGUUAGACCUUUGCAUACAAAAUCAGAAAAAGACAGAAAGGGAGUCUACAAGACACCCUGUGGACUGCGGUCAAUUGAAUCUAUUGACUGGUAUAAUUAUGACAAACCAUUUUUUCAAAGUAAGAUGAAAACGCUUUUUGAAUUCUUUAUCCCAUAUAGACUAAAGCGAGAAAAACAGGACAAUGGUGAGAAUCCUUUUCAGACAGCACAGCUUCAUGGUACACAAGAUAUUAACAUGGAUUCAAUGCAAGGACAUCUUAACAUGCAGAGUGGACAGGCAAUGUAUCAAGCACGCAUGAAUGAAGCUCCAGGUACAGUUCAGGGCAAUCCAUCUAGUGGACCACCAGCAGGACGGGUGUCAGAAAAUCACAGACAAGGCCCAGGACAUGGAAACAUCUCCGCUCAGGAAAUACCCCCCAGCGACCAGAGAUGGACUCAACCGAGUGGCAACACACCCAGCCACCAAGAUAAUUUGCCAAACACUGCCCAAUCCCAGGGGUCAUUGGACCAACGACAUGGAAACAGCCCUGCCCUUAAUGAAUCCAGUAGACAGAGAUUUGAGAAUCAGACUACGUCUCACAAUCCCAUAAAUCAUCCUGGUGAAUUGUCCAGCAGUACACAUCAGGAAUCAUCACAGGCUAAUGGACACGAUUUGUCCAUAGACUUGAAUCAAAUGACUGUGUCUGGUGACAAUGAAUCAGUAAGUUGUGGAGUUCAGGAAUGUCAUGAAUCAGGUAGUACUGGCUCUGAAGCAGCUGCCCAGACAUCCAGAAGCCCUCCUGGUGCUCUGACUGGACUACCAGGCCCUGACACUGGUGAUGAUCAUAUCAGUGAAGGAUAUGAUGAUGACCUGCUUGGCGAUGGCAGAUCAUCAGGUUCACACACUAUUCCAACACAAGACCAUUCUGCAUUCAAAAAACCUCCCUCUGUCAUGAAAAAUAGUAAACCAUUUUCUGAUAAGUCAUCUGAGCAGUCUGCUGCAGGCUCAUCUUCCAAUUCACCAGAACAGAAAAUUAGAAAUAACUCCUCUCAGCAAGGGCGUCCAUUGAACUCAGCUGAAGAUGCCCAUUCUUCAGAGGCAUUUCAAUCUCUGCCUGAAGAAGACCUUGUGCAAGAUUCAAAAAGUGAAUCAUUCAGCACUCAGGGAGGCCAAGGUGAAAGGAUUACAGACAAUAAAGACGAGGAUCCUUAUGACAGCCUGACAAGUGCAGCCCCAAACCGAGAAGACCCACCUCCCCCUGAUUCCUUACAUAGUCCGACAAGUUCCCUCUCUGCCACCUCUAGGAAAACCCCUUUGCCUGAUGUAUCCUGGAUCCCCAGUCAGACAGAACCAGGGGGAGGUAACCCACCGUGCAGUGGGCAGGAAGCACACACCGCUGGUGACUCGCAGUCUGGGUCAGUGAGCCUUGGUGAUGCCAGUGGGUUGACGCGGGAUGGGCCACGUUCCUCUUGUCCACCCAAGGGCUUGCCAAGCGACCCAGUUCCAGACCAGACCGGACUUGAUCCUGGUGCAGAUGGGGAUAGUGGACUAGGUUUGAGUGACAACUCCAGUCAUUCCAUGCCAGAUCUUGGUUCUGCAAGUGAUUUUCUGGAGAUGGUACUGUCAGAAUUAUCAGAUGGAAACAGUUCUCAUACAGGAAUAGGGGAGACAACUCUACCUACAGCUUGUUGCAAGCAAAACCCUGAUCCCUUACAGUGGACACCAUCCAUCUUCAAAAACCCAGACAUGAGAAGGAAACAGGUUUACCUGGAUGCCGCAAAGACAUUGUUACAACAAUGUGAUUUUCUGAGUGAAUCCAAAUGCAUAUCUGAUGAUUCAGAAAUAGAUUAGACACAUAUUCACAUAUAAACAGAAUAUUAUGCUGCUGCUGCUGCUGAUGAUGAUGAUUAAAUGGGUACUGACUAGGGCUGGAAUGAGUUCAACUUUACUACCUGGUUACCCACCCCUCUAUUACCCUACCCUACUCUGUACCCGCUGUAGGUCUCAAGAGAUAG